GCUCGACAACGACACGGUUCAAGAUGCGUGUCGCUCUUGUUUUGAUGGCCUUUGGCCUCGCCAUGGUUGCAGCGGCACCAAAGAACAUCCAGAGGAUCGUCGGCGGGGAGGUGACGACCAUCGACAAAUACCCCUUCAUGGCUGCUAUGUUGUAUUCCUGGAACCUGUUGACGUAUCACCAGUCUUGCGGAGGCUCCGUGCUCAACUCCAGGGCUAUAUUGUCUGCUGCACAUUGCUAUCUAGGCGACACCCCUCCAAGAUGGCGCGUCCGCGUCGGCUCGACCAUGGCCAACAGCGGCGGUGAGGUCCACCACUUCCGCGAGAUUUUCAACCACCCCGACUAUAUCCGAGCGACCGCCGGCGCUGACAUAGCUAUCCUUCAUACAGAGUCUAUUAUAGUGUUUAGUGAUCUGGUGCAGCCUAUGGUUAUCCCUGGACGCGGCUAUGACCUGCCCCAUAAUGAUUCAGUCGUCGCUAUUGGAUGGGGCACCGUUGCUCCCGGCGGCGUGCAAUCAGAACAGCUCCGCGAGGUCGAGGUGUGGUACGUGAGCAACGCCAUCUGUCGCUCCCGCUACGCAGAGCUCGGACUAUACAUCACCAACGACAUGCUCUGCUCUGGCUGGCUCGACGUCGGCGGCAGGGACCAGUGCCAGGGCGAUUCUGGUGGCCCUCUGAUCCACGGAGACAAUGUGAUAGUGGGAGUGUGCUCGUGGGGAAUGAGUUGUGCUUUGGCGAGGUAUCCGGGGGUCAACGCUCGGGUGUCUAUGUUUACUGAAUGGAUUCAGAAGACCGCUUAAAAUAUUGGUCAAAAA